ACAAGAUUGAGAUGAGGAUGGUGCCGAGACUUUUGUCGUCUAUGUUGACCUUGUCGGCACCAUAGGAUUCAUAACUGCUCGUCACCGUAGCGCACUCCAUCCAUUAGUUUUUGAGUUAGCCUUCUCCCCGAUGGUUUCAUUAUCAUCGAUCUCCUUCGCCCUCGCUCUCCUCCUCUUCAUCAGAUUCCUCCUCUCAUCCAAGAAGAGGAGGCUCCCACCAUGCCCUCCUGCCCUUCCUUUCAUCGGCCAUCUCUAUCUAUUCAAGAAGCCACUCCACCACGCACUCGUCCGCCUUGCCGACCGCCAUGGCCCGGUCCUCCUCCUCCGUUUUGGCUCCGUCCCCGUCCUCGUCGUCUCCUCCUCUUCCGCCGCCGAGGAGUGCUUCACGACAAAUGACGUCACCUUCGCCAACCGCCCCAACCUUCCUUCCGGGAAGCACUUGUCGAACAACUACACCACCCUCGGCACCUCCAACUACGGGCCCCACUGGCGCAACCUCCGCCGCAUCGCCACCAUCGAGCUCCUCUCCUCCCCCCGCCUCCUCUCCUCCACCGACGUCCGAGCCGAAGAGGUUCAUGAGCUGGCCCGCCGUCUCUUCCUCAAUUCGAAGGGAGGGACGUCCGAGGGCUUCGUCAAGGUGGAGCUCAAGUCGUGGUUGUUCGAGUUGGCGCUUAACAUUAUGAUGCGGAUGAUUGCAGGGAAGAGGUACUACGGCAACGACGCUGGGGUGUCCGAGGAGGCGAGACAAUUUAGGGAGAUAGUGGAGGCCGCCUUCUCAUUGGGUGGGACAUCGAACCUCGGAGACUUCUUGCCGAUGCUAAGGUGGGUGGAUUUCCAGGGAGUCAGGAAGAGGUUGGUGAGUCUGCAGAAGAGAAGGGAUGAGUUCAUGCAGCGACUGAUAGAUGAAUACAGGAACGCUAGUUUGGAGAUAAAACAAGAGGAGGAGGCGGAGAAGAAGAAGAAGAAGAAUAUGAUUGGUGAUUUGUUAUUGCUGCAGAAGACUGAUCCGGAGUACUACACCGACCAGACCAUCAAAGCUCUUUGCUUCAGUUUAUUACAAGCUGGAACAGAUACUUCAUCUAAUACGAUUGAGUGGGCUAUGUCCCUUCUUCUUAACAAUGGAGAGGCAUUGACGAAGGUCAGGGAAGAGAUCGAUGCGCGUGUGGGUAACGAGCGCUUGGUGGAGGAAGCAGAUCUUUCUAAUCUUCCAUACUUGCAGUGUGUCAUCGCUGAAACACUUCGUUUGUACCCUGCCGGCCCGCUUCUUUUGCCCCAUAAAUCAACCAGCGAAUGUGCUGUGGAAGGUUACAGUAUUCCACAAGGAACAAUGUUGCUGGUGAACGCGUACUACAUCCAUAGAGACGCCAAGACGUGGGAGGAGCCUGCAAAAUUCAAGCCAGAAAGAUUUGAGAAUGGAAAAGGGGAAGGGAAGUGGAUGAUCCCAUUUGGAAUGGGGAGGAGGAGGUGCCCAGGGGAAGGGCUUGCAAUGAGAGAGGUUGGGCUAGCACUUGGGACAUUGAUCCAAUGCUUUGAGUGGAAGAGAGUUGGCGAAGAAGAGGUGGACAUGAGUGAAGGCCCCGGAUUGACCUUACCUAAGGCCGUUCCCUUAGAGGCCAUGUAUUCUCCACGCCAAGCUAUGAUCAACAUUCUUGCAGGACUUUGAAUCGCUUUAUAUAAUAUGUUUAUAAUUUUCAUAUUAUGUACUUUUACUUUUUAUAUAUUUAUAUGUACUUAUGUUUAUAUUACAAGCAUACAAGAUUAAUCUUUGGG